GCCUAGUCCGAGAGCCGGGGCACUAGUGAGCCUGCGACACCGCUGUCGUUGCCUUCGUCAGUACAGCAGCACGGAAACAUCAGUACUUUCGAAAUAUAGCAGUUUAAAGCAAAACGCAUAAGGACACUGUCAUAUGGGCUGUUUUCAGUUGUUUUUCAGUAGAGGCUGGAUACCCCAAAGAUGCGGGGGAGUUCCGCGGCUGUGUGGGGUUGCGAUGAUUGAGUAAAGAAUGUGGACAUAUGGUUACUCCUUAGGCCACUGGGACAGGCUUUUAUAGUAGGCUGGGAGUGAAAGACAUUUUUCUUCGCAUUUUUGUUUUUGUAUCUUGGGAAACGUCCCCUAUUACGGCACCCCUACUCGGUCGGCGUGAUUUUUUUUUUUCGUUUCGUUCAUCGGCGGUCCGAGAAAUGGUGUCGGAAGGGGGCGAGUGGACUAUAUCCCGCUGAAAGCCAGGGCUUGUUUAUUUGAGCAGCCUGGCGGCGGCGUCGUCGUCGUCGUCGUCGGCCUCGUCCGUGCGAGUGGUACAGGGGGGAAAAAAGAAAACGCACGCAGCCCGAGCGAGGGGGGCGGUUUUCAAAUCUUCCGGGAUCUUUCGCCUGCAGCUUCAGUUUCAACUUGGAAUUUGUCGCCGACCGCUCCGCGACCAUGUCUGACAACCAGGGCAACGUCAACAACAACAACAACCCCAUAAAUAACAAUGGCGGGGCCAACCGAAUACGGAACCCCAAUAUCAAUCAGAACCCGCUUAUCAAUGUCCGCGACCGUCUGUUUCACGCCCUCUUCUUUAAAAUGGCAGUCACCUACGCCAGGCUUUUCCCCCCGUCUUUCCGAAGGAUCUUCGAGUUCUUUGUCCUCUUGAAGGCCCUGUUUGUCCUCUUCAUCCUGGCCUACAUCCACAUCGCCUUCUCGCGCUCGCCCAUCAACUGCCUGGAGCACGUGCGGGAGAAGUGGCCCCGCGACGGCAUCCUGCGGGUGGAGAUCCAGCGCAAUUCCAGCCGGGCGCCCAUCUUCCUGCAGUUUUACGAGACGGACAGCUUCCAGGGGCUGGUCAAGGAGCCGGAGGGGGCCCUGGGCGCCGUGGAGGAGGAGGAGGAGGAGGAGGAGAUGACGGUGGAGAUGUUUGACAACAGCUCAGUGCAGUUUGAGCUGGACAUCGAGCCGCGGCUGAAGCCCUCUCUCAGCAGCAGCGUGGAGGCAGUGACACAAGCAGCAGUGCUCAACGACAGCCAGGACCUCUCCUUCACCCAGACCGCCACUAAAGGUAUGCAGCAGCUGAGGGAGACAGUCUCCGAGCUUGAGAUGCUAACCCGAGCAGUGUGGCCACAGGAGGAGUAUAUAGUGGAGUAUUCACUGGAGUAUGGCUUCUUGCGUCUCUCUCCUACCACCCGCCAGCGCCUUAACAUCCCUGUCAUGGUGGUCACUUUGGAUCCGAUGAAGGACCAGUGCUUUGGGGAUGGGUUUAGUCGUUUCCUCUUGGAUGAGUUCCUUGGCUAUGACGACAUUUUAAUGUCCAGUGUGAAAGCCUUGGCGGAGAACGAGGAAAACAAAGGAUUUCUGCGCAAUGUGGUCUCGGGGGAACACUACCGCUUCGUCAGCAUGUGGAUGGCACGGACCUCCUACCUGGCAGCCUUUGUCAUCAUGGUCAUUUUUACGCUGUCCGUCUCCAUGCUACUUCGUUAUUCGCACCAUCAGAUCUUUGUCUUCAUAGUGGACCUUCUGCAGAUGUUGGAGAUGAACAUGACCAUUGCGUUUCCUGCGGCACCUUUGCUCACAGUUAUACUGGCUCUAGUUGGCAUGGAAGCAAUUAUGUCAGAGUUUUUCAAUGACACAACAACUGCAUUCUACAUCAUUCUUAUCGUGUGGUUGGCUGACCAGUACGAUGCAAUCUGCUGCCACACCAACACCAGCAAGCGCCAUUGGCUCAGGUUCUUCUAUUUAUAUCAUUUUGCAUUCUAUGCAUACCACUACCGUUUCAAUGGGCAGUACAGUAGCCUGGCCCUUGUGACUUCCUGGCUAUUCAUACAGCACUCAAUGAUCUACUUCUUCCAUCACUACGAACUGCCUGCCAUCCUGCAGCAGAUUCGGAUCCAGGAGAUGCUACUUCAGAACCAGCAGGCAGGCCAGGGUAAUCAGACCACCCUGCAGGACAACCUCAAUAACAACACUACCAGCAGCACCGCACCCGGCCCGGGAGGAGGGGCCGGAGCCAGAGCAGCCCCCAAUGGGCAGCCCCGCCUCCCCGGCGACGCCCCGCCCCAGCCCAACGGCCUGGCCAGUCAGAGCGCAGCUGGGGGGCAGGCGGAGAGCGGCAACCUGGACUGGGUGGCGGAAACGGCUGCUAUCAUCACAGAGGCUCUGACCACCCCACAGCUGGGGGGGGGCCUGUUGGAGACUGAGGGCAUCCGAGAGCAGGUGCCGGAGGCGGGCAUCAGCGUGGUGGCACACCUGCGGGUAGGCAGCGAGAGCCGCGAAGGAGGCGCUGCCAGCAGUGCCAGCGUGGUCACGCUGGAGUUCACAGCCAGAGGGGGCGACCUGGGAGAGCAGGCCAUGAGUGUUUCACAAGAUCCCUCGCCAGCCACUGCCCCGCAGGAGGGCAAGGCCGCCCAGCCCGGCCUCGCUGCUGUCCCAGGGACUGGGGCCCAGCAGGACCCAUUCCUAGACUGUAGGAGCCUCGAUGGAGAGGGGCAGCCCUCUGCCUCAGUGGCCGCGCAGCGCAGCGAAACGGACUGGCACUGCAAGGCAGAGGGAGACUCUAGGGCUUCCCCCCCUGACCCCCAGCCAACUCCUUCCUGAGCUCCGCUGCACUGCCGCCUGCUAAAUUAUCGUUGUUCUUUUCUUUCUUCUUCAAACACAUUGUCUUUGUGUGGAAAAGCUCGGGGACAGGAUGCCAAAGAUCCUCUUGGAUGUGGCUUUGUGGAAGACAAGGGAGGGAGGAGGGACGAAGAGACGCCAUCCUCUCCUUCCCUCGUGGUGGAAACAGGAGUUAAACUUUUUUUUUCCUUUUGUUUUAAAAUGGGGAUUCGUGUCAGGAUAGAUUCUUACCAAAAUCUAUUUCUUAUGGGCCAGGAGGGACACAUGAGCAGAGCUCUAAAUUUAAAGGCUUUAGUUUUUAAUCAGUGACAAAGAGCAUAGAUUGUGUGACCCAGCGACAGAAUGUAUUGACGGGGAGAAACAAAAUACAUGCAUUGUGAUUCUAAAAAUAAAGGUGCUGAAACAGAUGAGAUCAGCUGAGAUGGCAUUGUUUUUAUGUGCUGAAAAAGAGAAGAUGACAGCGCUCGCCCUAGUAAGAGAAUUCGAGAGCAUAAUGUCUUGUGUUUUCUGAAGCGCCUGGCAGGAAUAUGGCAUUCAUUGAAUUGUAAAUGUGUACCAUCUAGAGCAGUGUGAUUGCUGUAGCAUAUUCCAAUGUUUGACCCCUACCAAGGCUUGUGUGUUUUUUUUCAUCUCAAGAUCUUUUCAUCUAACGACUUUGUUUAUUUUUCCCCCACUCUCAGCAAUUCAUUUACAUAGAUCCUUGAAUUGUGUAAAAGCACAGUAAAGCAAUUGGGUUCUUGGAGUAACUUUUGUCCAUUUAACCUAAUUAGACCAAAGAAUUGGGGAGCUAAGGAGUCAGGGGAGAGAAGAGCUGUACAGAGGAAAUUAGUGACUGUAAAUUUAACAAUUUUAGAAUUAGGAGCUUAGGAGUUAGUUGGCCUUCUCUUUGGGGAAAAAACACUAGAUAUUGGUGAACAAAGACACCUAUGGCUUGGUAUCAUUCCUUCCACCCCUUAUGAGUUUUUAUAUUGAAAAAAUAUUUUCACUUGAUCACUUUGUUGAAUAAGCACUGGCUGCUGUGCCCAACCAUCAUUAAAUGUUUUUGUUCAUUGCAGCAUCUGCACAGAUCUAAAAAACAAAUGGAAGUUCCCCCCCUGAAACAGAAUUUAUAUAUUUCCCUGUCCUGUCAGCUCUUAGAAAAGUCAAUUCCAGGAAUCUGUGUAUACCCUUCUGAUGUUGUCCUGUCUCUGCUGUUGUGCUUCUUGAAUAUAAGUAAUAAAUUUGUUUGCUACAGGUA